AUGUCGGAUUGGGAAACUAUUCAACGACAGCCCGUAGCAAGGGUUGGCACAAGGCGCUCAUAUGAUGGAUCUUUAUGCACUAUUAGAUACAUAGGCAAAGUUCAGGGGACCGAUGGGGAGUGGCUGGGAGUGGAAUGGGACGACCCCGCAAGAGGAAAACACUCAGGAGAGCAUAAGGGAGUGAAAUACUUCGAAUGUAGAAGUAAUUCUCCUACUGCUGGCUCUUUUCUGCGCCCAGCUAGAUUGGCAGAUAGGCCUCGAGGAUUCCUUGAAGCUCUUCGCACGAAGUAUGUCUCUGAGAUUACUUCUGACAUGUCUGGUUCGCCCUCUAGAGGCAGCAGGCCAAUUGAGAUUAGCGGGAAGGUCGUGGAAGAAGUUGGCUUUGAGAAGAUUCGAAAGCAGCUUGCCGCACUGCGGGAGCUAAAAAUCGUUAUUUUGGACGGAAUGCGCUUGAGAGGCGUUCUUGCAGUGGAUGCGGACAAUGAUCUGCGCAAGCGAGAAUUGGAAAAGAUCAAGGACACUUGCCCGAUGAUUAGGGAACUUGAUCUCAAUCGGAAUUUUCUGGCAGACUGGAUAGAAGUUAUGGAUAUUUGUGAACAGUUCAUGGACUUGCGAAGUUUGAAAUUGAACGGUAAUCGUCUGGGUACCGUCCCUAGAGAUAGAUUAGUGAAAGGAGUCUUGGAGUUGUCCCUUGAUGAGACUCUCAUGACAUGGGAAGAGAUAUCUAUCCUUUCUUACCGAUUUCCCGACCUCCGGUCCCUAUCCCUAUCGUCCAAUCAAAUAUCCUUGGUUUCGAGGCCGAUAACAGACACCAUUCGAGAGCUAUCCUUAGAAUCCAACAUCUUCUGCUCUUUAGGGAGUCUUUCGCAUCUAGCAUCUCUCCCGCAAUUAAAUCGCCUCUCGCUUCGCCGUAACAAGAUAAGCAAAAUCCAAGAUGCUACUGAGAAAAAUGCUCCUCUAGUCUUCUCACCUACGCUUACUACUUUGGAUAUCUCGCUAAAUCUAAUAGACUCUUGGGCCUUCAUUGAUGCCCUUCCGACCGUUUUUCCUGGUCUUACGAACCUCCGCAUAUCAGAUAAUCCUCUCUACGAGAAACCGCCCGCUUCUACUGCCAUUACAGGAUUGCCUGAGGAACGUAUGACCGUUGAUGAGGCUUACAUGCUUACGCUUGCUCGACUCUCCAAGUUACGGGUGUUGAACUACGGCAAGGUAUCACCCCAAGAUCGGGUCAAUGGAGAACUUUACUACUUGUCUCUUAUUAAGAAGGAACUGUCAGCGUUCCCCGAGAGCGCAGAGAAGCGGAUUCUUGCCUCACAUCCCCGAUAUGACGAGUUGUGCCUAAUAUACGGUACCCCUGAAAUCAAAAGAUUGGAGGGGGAUGCUGCUAUAAAUCCUCGAUCGCUGGCAGCACGACUCGUCAACUUUACAUUUUACAUUCCAAAUCCAAACACAGUCGCAUCAAGAGGUUAUAUUGACGAUAAGCCUGUAGCUGCACAGACAACCACGGAGUUUAAAAGGGAGAUCCCGAGGACCUUUGAUAUAUAUCGCAUCAAAGCUAUCGUUGCGCGUCAUUUCUCCCUCCCCCCUCUGAGUUUCAAAUUGAUCUGGGAGACUGAAGAAUGGGACCCAGUUGAAGAAGGGACGGCAGAAGAAGAUGAGUGGGAUAGCAGUGACGAGAUAGAUGGAGAGCCAGCCGAAAGAGAAUGGAGGAAGAAAUUCGUUCGACGCGAAGAAGAGUUUGUUGAUUCCACAAGGGCCAUCGAGCACUGGCUAAGCCAUGAUACCCGUGAGCUUAGAGUUAGGGUAGAAAGGUAUUGAGCAACUAAUACAUGUGAGUCUGGAAGGUACAUACAUCUUUGAUGGCG